CCUGCGGCAGGCGGCAGUGACGGCCCCGGCUCUGACGGCGGCGGCCCGGGGGGCGGCGUGGACGCCCGCGGCGCCGGCUGGGGCAUCACCGCUGGCCUCGACCCCGAAAUGGCGCUGCUGGCGGAGCACCUGCUGAAGCCGCUGCCCGCGGACAAGCAGAUAGAGACCGGGCCCUUCCUGGAGGCGGUGUCCCACCUGCCGCCCUUCUUCGAUUGCCUUGGGUCCCCCGUGUUUACACCCAUCAAGGCAGACAUAAGUGGCAACAUCACGAAAAUCAAAGCCGUGUACGACACCGACCCAGCCAAGUUCCGGACCCUGCAGAACAUCCUGGAGGUGGAGAAGGAAAUGUAUGGAGCAGAAUGGCCCAAAGUGGGGGCCACGCUGGCACUGAUGUGGCUGAAAAGAGGCCUUCGCUUCAUCCAGGUCUUCCUCCAGAGCAUCUGUGACGGCGAGCGGGACGAGAACCACCCCAACCUCAUCCGCGUCAAUGCCACCAAGGCCUACGAGAUGGCCCUCAAGAAGUACCACGGCUGGAUCGUGCAGAAGAUCUUCCAGGCCGCACUGUACGCAGCGCCCUACAAGUCAGACUUCCUGAAGGCCCUCUCCAAGGGGCAGAACGUGACAGAGGAGGAGUGCCUGGAGAAGAUCCGCCUCUUCCUGGUCAACUACACGGCCACCAUCGACGUCAUCUACGAGAUGUACACCAAGAUGAACGCCGAGCUCGACUACAAGGUGUAGGCGGCGCCCGCCCACGGCCACCGGCCAGCGCCAACGGCCACCAGCCACCCGAUCACUGUGAAUCAAGCCGGGCCCUCUGUGUCCCCAGAGCCCCCCAGCCCAGCUGGGGCCUGCAGGCGUCGGCCCUGCUUUUAAAAGUCAUUUUUUGGGGGCGGGGGUCUAUUCUAAUGAAGCAAUAAGUCAUGAUCCUCCUUCCAGGUCUYCUCUGGAUCUCAGCGCAGGUAGACCCACUGGACCCUGCGGCAGKGUGAAAACACCCAUUAACCGUUCUAAUCAGUCAAGUCCUAGGGUUUUUGGUUUUUGGUUCUUUCCCCACCAGGAGCACAGCUCCUGGGCGAGGGUGGAUGCCUGGCUUUAUAGAGAAGCAGGUGUCCUUGGAGGAUGUCGCUGAAGUAAGCUAUGGGUAUUUUAAGGACCAUGAAUAGUUGAUAGGGAAAUAUGCAGGGUCCCUACUGCGUUGUUUGAAAAAGCAAACUGGUGUGUGUCCUGUGUGGUGUGUGCAGCGACCUCACAGCACGUCACUAGGAACCCUGCUCUCUGACUGGCUUCUUUCCACCAGACAGUUUUGGGUUUUUUUGGUUUUUUUUAAGUACGGAAACCAACCAGCAAGUCUUUGAUGACCAAGAGGGUGUUUCUUUUCAAGCUGUUGGGCACACACUUGACCACAGAUGCCUGUAUCUGCAUUCUUCUGCACGAUUAUUUUCUUCAGGGACAGGUUUUCCAACCUGAGAAACUACCUACCACAUGAAUUUCUGGAGGGGGAGAUGGGAGCCCUCCAGCUCAUGAGACCCCAGGAAACGCCCUGCUGCCUUAACUGUCCUUUUGGGGGCUAAAAAGAACUCUGGUUUUUAAAGUGGGGGCAAACAAAGCAACCCCAGAACAAGUGGUGUGUGUUUAAAAACCCAAUGAGGAACAACUGGUGAUUUAUAUGCAGAA